ACAAGCGCUCGAAUUGAAGUGCAAAGCAAGCUGCAAGGAUCAUCUCUGAACCCUGAGCUCUAUAAAAAGAAAUUCCAUAAAGCAGGAUGAAACUGUUACUCAUUCUAUCAGCACUUGUGGCAAUCAUCUAUUCCCUUAAAUUGGAUGAGCUGAAUCGGAGACCACGCUCUAUACAUUCCAGUGUUUACUCAGGUUUUUAUGGUCCACAAAGUCUACACAAACCAAGCAGGACAGAAUCAGAAUCCAGAUGUGGAGAAAGGCCCAGGAAACUGCUGAAGAUCGUGGGGGGAAAGCUUGCCGUGGUAGAGUCUCACCCGUGGAUGGCGUCCAUCUUCUGGAGAGGUCGAGGUGGAGAGAGCAUGUUUAAGUGUGGAGGCAGCCUCAUCUCCUCCUGCUGGGUGGUCACCGCAGCCCACUGCUUCCCUGACAGUACAAAGACCAAACUUCAUCGCCUGUCUGUCUUUCUGGGAAAGAAGGCCAUCAAUGAGACUGACUACAAGAGUGAACAGAAAUUCCACGUGGAAGAAUUGAUUAUUCACUACGGGUUCGACAACAGUGAGGGAAACUUCAACAAUGAUAUCGCCCUGCUGAAGAUAAUGGGAAAUGAUGGUGGGUGUGCGGAAGAGUCUGGAACUGUGAGGACAGUCUGCCUCCCGCCAGCCAAUCAGAUGCUCCCUGCAGGGGCCUCCUGUGAAAUCUCUGGGUACGGGAAAGAGCAGGAAGGGAUCUGGCAUCACUCACAAUACCUGAGAGAGGCGAGGGUGAGCCUCUUGUCCCAGGAUGUCUGCACACGCAGCGACUACUAUGGCAAGAUGGUGACACACAAUAUGUUCUGUGCUGGCAGUCCUGAUUGGAAAACAGACUCCUGCAAGGGAGAUUCCGGAGGGCCCUUGGUGUGCGAGGUGAACAACCGCCUGUUCCUGUUCGGAAUCAUCAGCUGGGGGGAGGGAUGCUCCCAGGAAUUCCGGCCGGGCGUCUACACCAGGGUCACCAACUACAACCGCUGGAUUGGGAAAAAGACGGGUUCGCCCUCCCUCGCUGCCGGGUCCAUGUAUCCACAGAAGUGACCCUCCACCCACACACCUGACCACAGGAACGAUGCAGUCCUGCUGUUUAAGGCACAGAUAGAUCCAGCUUUAUCAUGGCAACAGAGCUAUUGAUAAUCCCUCUGAACAAGCAAUUUACAGUAAUUGACUUUUGAGUAACAGUACCAAACAUGGGAAGGACUGUACGUUAAUGGUGGUGUUUGCAUUGUUUCAUGAUGCCUGAGAAUAUUCUGCCAUAAAUUAUUUUUUAAAUGAUUCUGAAAAAAUAGUGAGCACAUGAAAAUGAACGAAUUGUGUUUGUAAUAAAAUGUUAACAUUUACGCACAAGAAAUGUCGUACUGGAGGCAAUUUGCCUACCUUUGCCUACAAUAGUUUAUGACACAACGUCAAGGGAUAAGUGUUUUGUUGUCAUACUUUUUACUUUAGUGAAGUUUAAUAUUUCACAAGACUCAGGAAAUGAAAAAUCAAUAACAAUAAAAAUUCUGAUUGUUUAAUAUAUUUUUAAGACAUUCAGUCUAUGGCCGAGUGGCUAAGCUGCGUGACUGGGACCCGGAAGGUUUGUGGUUCAAUCCCCAUAAUAAGAUCAGUGCAGCUGUGGGGCCCUUGAGUAAGGCCCUUGACCCCACAUUGUUCCAGCAGGGAUUGUCCCCAACAAAGUGUAGUCAACUUUCAGUCAUUCUUUUCUCUUCUUUCAUUACUUGUGAAUACUGCAUAUUGAAAUGUAUUCCCCAACAAUGAGGGCCGCAUUCAGCUGCUUCAUUUUACCUGCACAGAUUCGGGGAUACUGGGAGCAGUGCUGGGUCACAUGACUGAAGUAGCACCAUGCAGUUUGUUAUAGAGGGUAUUUGCUGUGCAAAUAUAAUAGUAUUUUCCAGUAUUGUUUUGUAGACUUCAGCAAUACAGAGAUGUAUUUUUAUCAGCAAAAAUAAAUGGUUAUUGUCAAUGCCAUGUACAUUGUAUGUUUUAUACUAGAAUGAUUCUUACAGUUGUAAUAUAUGUAAAAUAUCAUAUACCCGUAGAUGUGCUGAGCAUCUAUCCAUUUCUCUCUGUGUGAAAGCUUAAUUUGUG